AUGGAGGAGAGUAAGCUCAUCUUCAGCCUGGACAGCCAUGAUGAGGGUCCAACUGUGGCCUUUUCCAAAGACAGGGAGAGCCGGGCUGACCUCAGCCUGGGGAUCGAUUUGGAUCUGGGCCAAGGCCAUCGCUCGCAGCUUCCCUUCCUGCCUCAUUCCCCCUCCUCUCCAGGCUCUUUAGCUGACCUGUCAGCAUCAUCAGCAGGCCUGCUCGUCACCACCAACCUGGUCAAAUCCUCCUCCACAGAUCUGGAGCCCAGGGAGAGCAGCUCUCUAAGAAGCAAACCUCUCCUCAGCUUGGUUAAGUCCCUGAGCACGGAGAUCUCCCGCCGGGUUGAGCCGGAGGUCAACCUCUCCAAGUCUGACUCCAAGCUGCAUUUGCAUCCAUGGAAACAGCUUACUCAGCCAAAGAUCCUUGAGGCCCGGCCUGAAGCAAGAGGACUGAAUGAGAAUGAUGGCUGGGGGUCACCUACAUCCACAGGCAGCUUGUCUCCCAUUGAGCCCAGGGGUAGCUCACUGAUCGCUGAGCUGGAGGACACACGGAGGAAGUUUUCUGAGGCCAUGCAGGAUCCCUUGAGCAUGCUGAGUAAGAUCAUGGGGGACGAAAGUUCUGGCAGCCCCAAGCAGGGCAGGGGUUCUGGUGUAGGAGACUCACCAGCCUCCCAAGGAAGCAGUGGACGAGAGGGGGGCAGUGAAGAUGCAGAACUCAAGUGCCGGAGGAGACCUGAUGGAGAGCAGAGAGGUGUGCGUGACACUCCUCUUAAAAGACUCCAAAAGGGCUCCUUAAUAAAAUCCUCACCAGAACAUCAGAGCAGAGACAGCCAUUUGGAGAUCCGUACUUAUGGAGACAUGAUUCAGGUAGUGGAACUUCAGAAUGGAUCCAGAGGGGCACACCACAGAACUUACAGUCAGUCUCGGGGCAGGAUCCCAGGCUCAUCAUUGCCUCUUCACUGGCUCUUCCCAGUGGGACUUCUAGCUUAUGCGUUCUUGGUGCUGCCCCUACCCUCCUAUGUGACAGGUCUGUCUUUGGGAGUCGCAUGUGGCUUCAUAUUGGGGCUGGUGGUAGUGUUCAUGUUUGCCCCACGACGCUCAGUUGCCAGGAGCAACUCUUGUUUCAGAAAGGCCAGGUCCCUGAACAUGGAUCCACUCGAUGGAAAGCUUACAAAUCCAGAAAUCCUGGAGGGCUGGAUGAAUGAGACACACAUUUACGACCCUGAGAUGUUCCACCCCUCCAUCAUGCACUCUGUGUAUGUCACCCUUGAGGGCACCCGGCUGCGACUGGCAUACCCACGUGCCAACAUCCCCCGGUGGGCAGCAUUCGACGAGAUGCCCCAUGAGGCCACAUUUUUGCGCUCCUGCACCUACCAGCUGGCUAACUGUAAGGUGUCUCUCAUACCUCCUGGUUUGGCCCGCAAGAGGGUGUGGAACAAGAAAUACCCCAUCUGCAUCACUCUGGCUGAGGGGGAGGUAGGGGAGGAAAGUCUGAUCGAAGGGCAAGAAGAGGAAGAAAAAGCAGAGAGACACACCGUACCGGACCACCAGCUUCCUGUCAUCCUCUACCUGUUUAGUCGCACAGGAAGGGAGAAGGAGGAGUGGUUCCAGCACUUCCUGUCUGUUUCCAGGGCCGGAGCCAGGAGCAGUAUGAGCAGUAAGGACAACACAGAUUUUAUAUGUGGUGGAGAUGCCAUUAAAGAAAGCACAGAGGAGCUGCACGACUUGCUAGGGACUAUGCAAGCUAAAACAUUAUUGGACUACAGCAUAUAUAUGACACAACUGGUUGGCUCAGAGAGUUGCAAUCCCACACCCAGCCCCUGCCACAGUGAUAAGGGAAGCCCCACAACCCACAAAAAGAUUCACAAUGAAGAGCACAGUUCUGGAGGUCAAACUGGAGCUGAGUCAAGUGCGGGCUCAGAGGCAGGGGGAUGCUCUGCAGAGGGGCAGCCCACCUGGGUGAACUCCCUAGUGGGCAGGAUCUUCUGGGACUUUCUCCGGGAGAAGUAUUGGACCGAUCAGGUGGCACACAAAAUCCAGAAGAAACUCAGCAAGAUCAAGUUGCCGUACUUUAUGAAUGAGCUGACUCUGGCUGAUCUGGACAUGGGUACCUGCCUACCCCAGGUCCUCAGCACCUCCAAACCUACAUUGGACCGCAGAGGCCUGUGGCUGGAGCUGGAGUUAGUGUACACAGGCUGCCUUCAGAUGACCCUGGAGACUAAGAUGAACCUGUGUAAAUUGGGUAAAGAGGGAGAGGAGGAGGCUCACACUGUUCCAGAGACCCAACAAGUGGGCUCAAAACCCAGGCUGUGUAUACUAGCCGAUAGUGAUGAAGAGUCAUCCAGCGCAGGCUCGUCUGAUGAGGAGGAAGCCCCUCCUUCUGAGCCCCAGGGGGCUGUGGGAGAUAGGAGCACAGUGGUAACAGCUGAUGGGCACACUGGUGGCAGUACAAGUAGGAAGAUCCUGAGAUUUGUGGACAAAAUAACAAAGUCCAAAUACUUUCAGAAGGCCACAGAGAACGAGUACAUCAAGAAGAAAAUAGCUGAGGUGUCCAACAUGCCUCUGAUGCUUAGUGUUGAGGUCCUGGAGCUCUCUGGAACUCUUGCCAUCAAUAUCCCUCCUCCUCCUACUGACAGGAUAUGGUACAGUUUCCGAGUGCCUCCUAGGUUAGACCUUCAUGUGCGCCCCAUGCUUGGGGAGAGGGAGGUCACCUUCACUCAUGUCACUGAGUGGAUUGAGAAAAAACUGCAGUGUGAGUUCCAGAAAGUGUUUGUCAUGCCCAAUAUGGAUGAUUUAUAUCUGCCACUGAUGACAUCUGGCCUGGACAACCCACCUACAUCUUGCCAUUCUUCAAUCCAUUCCUCAUCCCACCAGUCCUCCAUGGAGUCCCAGGAGUACAUGUCAGAGUAAUGCCUCCUUGGGACCACAGAUGGGAUAUUCUUGGUGUAAACAUGGCUAUAAUGCAGCUAUUGUCGUGAAACCUGUAAUGGAUUCUGCUGCAGCUGGGCUCAGUGUUAAUCCUGUGUGUUCACUGAAACCAGUGCAGGAUGAGAUGUGUCCUGAAGGCACGCUGAGCACCGCAGUGAUCUGGAGACUUUGAGGAUGGUGCUACAGUGCCCCCUACUUUAAAGAGAA